AUGACGGGGCAUGGCAUUCAGCUCAACACCCUCAAGCAGUGUCUCCAGUUCUUGAUGUGGUUGAAUCAUAAUAAGCAGAGUAGUAUGAAAACUGAUGUGGCCACUCAACUGUCUAACCGCCUUAAAGGCAAAUACAAGACUGUUAAUCAACGUGAAAUUGAGAAAGCACUCUCCACUUUCCUUAGCAGCGUGUUCAAUUUCCAUAGUAGAUUGUGCAGCAGGACUGAUAAGAAAAAGAUCGGCAAUAACCCUAAUGACGCACUAAAUGCUCUUUUAGAAUGCAUUCCCAAGUUCUUAGCCGUGAUGUACUUUCUGCGGUACCAGGUGGACCAUAAGUUCGGAAAGCUGGGCGGAGGGAAGUGGAAGGACCAGAUGGUUGUUUAUAGCCAAUAUGCGGCCACUGAGAUACAGAAAUAUCUCACUGCUUCAUCAGGUUCUAAAGAUUAUGGCGUAAUUCCCGGAGGAUUCAGUUACAACGAGUUGAAACGUGGUCGGCGGGGUUCUCAAAUGACCGGUGACCUUGAACAAAUUUGUGAAAAAUAUUCCCAUGUGCCACACAUACAAAAUUAUUUCCUCGACGUUUUCUCCACUUCAGUGUUGCCCCGAAAUUCCGGCACCCAGGACUCAAAUACAGCCAACGCCCUGGCGUUGGUGAGUUCCCUGUGUGAGAUGGUGGCUGCGGAAGGAGACACAGAGACCGGCGGUGAGCUAAAACAGAAAUUGGAUGAGAGUUUAAAUGGUGAUGAUGUUAAAAAAUGUAUUUGUUGGAGUGACUUAAAAGAUCAUUGUCAAACGCUUCAAUCACAAAUUGGCACAAUUUAUAAGACGAAUGUCUUCUCUUUUACAGGCUUUAAAAGGAACCGUGAUAGGCUUAGCGAAAAAGAGUUCGCUAAAGAAACUGCAAAAUGGUUGAGAGGGAAUCUGGCUAAAGUGAAGACUAAUUUGGAUAAGAUUGAAACAGAUAUUACAAUGAAUAAUCUUACAGGCUAUUUCACCAUAAAUCUCUUCCCAUAUGGCUUUACAUUUGACAAAAAUAAUUUCGGUAGCGGGAUGAAUCCGCGUACAAUUCUGAAUGAUAAUUGGCGCACUGUAAUCGAAGCGCUUAGGAGAGACCGUGAAGGAUUGGAAAGGCUUAAACAAAUUUUGGAAGGUGAAGCGUGUCCAACAGAGAAGAAAGAAGAUGAUGAAGAUCACGGCAAGAAAUCCGAUGGAGCGCAGAACCAGGGCAAGAAAUCUGAGGGAGCACAGAACCAGGGCAAGAAAGUGGAGAGUUCUCCAAAUCAUAAUAAUGGUCGAAGUGAAAAUCAGCCUUCAGGUUCGGCAGUUGUAAAGGAUCUUGCUCCAUCUCCGCCUGCCGUUGAUCAAGGUGUUACAAGCCUGGCAGGGCCUACCGGAGUUCAACACCCGCAAGGGCCUACUGUUACAGUGACUCCGGCGUCUUCGUUGACUCCAGAUUCACCAGUUCAAAAUGUUGUUCAGACUCAACAAGUUGCUACUCAAGACCCUCGACAGCCUCCCCCUCCACCGCCUCCUCCCACUCUUCCUGCAGACCCUGGUUCCCCUGGUAAGCCAGGUGACCAGGGUCCGGGUUCACCGGGCGGUGAUGUUUCUGGUCAACAGCCUGUUGGACCUCCAGUCCCUGUGCUUACUCAGCAUACAGGUGUUACAGGUCCAGGCCCUGGGCCAACUGGUGUACAGGGGGCUGGUCAUCCAAGUAGUCAAGAUGUUAGUCAAGGCUCCGGUCACGGUUCAAGCAGCGGCGGUACCACGCCGGUUGCCCCGGCGUCUGGUGGAGGUGUCGGUGGGAGUGGAGGGACUGGUGGGAAGGGGCCUCCGCCGGCUAAAAAGUGUAAAGAUAGUAACUUUAGUACGCUAUGGACCAACCCCAAGGAGUACUGCGACCCCAAACGUACAAUCCGUAAGCCGUCUCCCUUUAAGUUUACUAAAACCCGAGACGCUGCUGAAGAGAUAUGGGAAUCCCAAAAGAAAGCAUUGCCAGAUUAUAAACCAAAACCUUCUAAAACUCUCCAAUCCCAAAUUCCUUCCCCCCACUCAAGUCAGCGCAGCCGUAGUGCACCCGUUCCUUCCCCUUCUCCAAAUGACAGACAUGGUCAAGGGCGUUUGCCAAUUGAUCCACGGGGCAGGGAUGCCGGUCAGGGGGGUGGAGUUGUUCCCGAUGAUGGUUUGAUCAAUCUCAGAGUUGAUAUGGAUGGGGCAGCGGUGGAUGACGAUUCUGACACUAGGUUGAAGAAACGGAAGGAUCGUAUCAUGGCGGAUAAUGAAGUCUAUGAAGGUUUGCUUAAUUUGAUAGCGCAACAAGACAUCGAAGAAAAGCAUAAACUUCAAAAAGAAGCAGCGGAGCGUUACAAAAAGGACAUUCAGAGGUUUGAGGAACAUAGGAAUAAGAGUCUACGUGAUGCUGUGGUAGAGAACGUGGUCCCAAUAGUACACAAACCACUUCCCGUUGUUCAAAGAUAUUCCACAAAAAAGCCUGUGGACAUGACACCUCCCAUACUCCCCCCUCUCAUAGAUGUUGCAUCAUUUAAUCCCUCGAUAAUACAGCCUAAAAAGAAAACAGUGCCGUCAUAUACACAGAUGACGGGCUUCACCAUAAUUCCGGCUUCACACAGCCCUCAAUCAUCACGUAUUGCUACAGUGCACCACAGUGCAUUGGUUCCUGUCCCCCCGCUUGAUGAUAAACAUGAGAUCAUCAUCCAGAAAGUAUACCAAAACGCUGACCCAACUGUCAAAUACAAUGAUGGUACGGAGGUCUCCAGCACAUUCGACAUAGAAGUCCGUAAACCUCUGCAUCAAGACUCUCUGAAUGACUAUGAUCAUGAGCAUGUCCCCAAAAUUCCGAAACCCAGAGACCCCAAGCUAAAGGUUAUAGACGCUUUUUCUGACAAAUCAUCCGGUCGCGCAGAAAUUAAUAUUCCCCUUGCCGUAUUCCCUGGCCAAUCUCCGGAUGAUCUCAAUAGUAACUUCUGCAGCAACCCCUGGUACGUCCCCGAUUCCUCCUCCACUACGAUAACUCCAACCCCCUCCCCGCCCCCAGACUCCGACAAUCUGCCCCCUCCCAAGACCGUCAGGGAAAUGCUCUGCUGGCUGGUGGGGAUGACUCAAUAUGGGUAUGUUGAGAUUAUUAAGAAGCAUGUUGCAGACCUUUUGAGGGAGUACAAGAAUGAUGUUUCACAAUCUCCAGAUGCCAUCUAUGUAACCCGGGAACCUUACAACCUGGACGCUUCCCAUGUCUCCAACACCCUGACCGAGGCGUGUCACUACGCGGCGAACGUUUUAUUCAAGAUGAAGUAUAAGGAUUCCAAGAUUGCUUUCAAAGAUUUUAAGUUCGACUCAGUAUAUCGUAAGCUUCAUUAUUCCCCCGACCCCGCCUGCCUCCUCUGCCAGCUGCGGGACUACGUGUACGCCUGCUGCCACCAGUUGGCGUUCCUAAAGUCGCAGUGUUCUCGGAACACCAGGGACGGCGGUUGGCAGGAUUGUCAUUACGGCAGUGAUGUAUCAUCUCCCAAGUCCCCCCUCCAGGCCUUCCUGACCGACGCCCCGGAGUCCAAUUUCAAGACUCACCCCUUCGACCCGUGCAACAUCUGCCGCAAGAGCCGCGUCAACAUGGGAUUCACAAAGGAGGAUUUUUCUAAGGACUCCAAAUAUGGCAAGCAUCUUCACACCAUCCUCUCUCCCACCUGCGGCGGCGAGGAUCCCCUGCUGACAUUGACCUCUUACCUCAACUGCCUCACCAGGCGGACGCCGCGCACAACCGGGGAGCUUGUGUCUUUCUUCCACAAUUUCGGGAAUUCACUGCACAAUGCACCUUCACAGUUGUUUAAGCUGGGCUCCGCCCUCUCCAGUCAGCAUGACCACUGCCCUGACUGGGACUCUCUUGCUGCCGACGACCUCCGAGCCGUCCAGGGCAUCCGAGGCUCUGCCCCUCCCAUCGCCAACUCCAUCCACGACAAGGACCAUCCCAACACCCUGUCCACACUACUUGGCUGCGGCACAAAUCAUGCUCCUUGCCAUCCACAUAUGAUGCCCAUCACCUACCGGGCCUACGCCCUGUACUCCAAGGCCUUCGUCCACCACUACCUCAGCUGGGCGGUGUACCUGGCAGACAGACUGUGGGAGUCACUGGAAAAGCUGAGUAUAGACAUGAAGAAGCAUUAUGGUACCAAGUGUUUAUCACUCCAUCAGUGUGACAAUGCCAUGCCCCUCCUCUACACUCACGGGUUCACACCACCGGACGGGACACUGCAGUCCUCACUCACGUGUUCCAAGGUCAUCGCCAAGCUGAGGGAAGUGGUCGCCGGAGAGGCUAUCGCAAGCCUCAUGACCGCCAUGGACACAUUCCUCUACGGCAUCCGGGAGCCUUUCAUCUACACUCUAUUCACACUCUGGCUCACCGCCACGGUCUACAUUCUCCACUCACUCCUCUACCGCAUGGACGUGCUUCGCAUACGCUCGCACCUCCUCACCACCAGGGCCUCCCAUCUCAUCGACGUCAAGGCUUUACUCGCAGGAAGCCGCAGGAUGCUCUCACUCUACAAGGACGUAGACUACUUCGACGACGACUUUCACUCGUGA